CAUGUACCAAUCUCCAUUUCAAAAUGAGCAUAAACUGAACCGACAGCCUGAAUCAAGUGUAACUACCGAGUGCGCAGGAUCAUACUUUUGACGAUACGGAAAAAGAUGGAUUGGGAUCGCAGUAGAAGAUUUGAUGAUCUCCGUGGCGGAGAGAGUUACCGUCCUGGUGCUCCUCGCGCUUAUAUACGACGCAGCAGAUCCCCCCCGCGAGUUCACUCUCCUCGUCUUGUUGCAGAUACAUGGGUACCAUCACAUGGUCGGACGUAUGGCCGUGUGCGUAGUCGCUCACCACCGGCUCCAAGACGUCGCCUCUCACGCAGUCCAUCGUUCUACAGGGGGGAAGUUGGAAUGGGCACCUUUUCAAAGCCGUGUCCAUCGCCGAGGCGGUUCUCGCCCAGACGAGGUGAGGUGCGAAAUCGGUCGCCUCACCAGGCCUCGUGGCGCUCAAGGUCUCCCUAUGGCGAGAGCCGCCAGCGUGAUAUCUCAUGGAAUCGGAGUAACCACAAACGCCCCCGGGAUAUUUCACCGCGCAGUCAUGACUACAGAUUUUCUAGGCGAGAGCGGAAUCAACCUCCUGGCGACAUAUAUACAAAGCCUGACAUUCCAUUCCGUGAUAGUGGCAACCGUGCACCACUUCCCCAUAGAUCCAGAAGCCCUUUUCAUGGAGGACGCAGGGAACGCCACCUGGACAUUCCAUUUAACAAGAAGCGGCGAUCAGUAUCCCCUAAGGGCGCAUCACCUAUGCGUACCUCCGCAUCUGGCUCACUUCCGAAUUCAAGACGAUCGUCUCCUUUUACCGAAAGACUCAAUAUGAAUUCAUCCAAUGCCCCAAGCCGGUCGCCAACUCAUCAGAACCAUCCUAGAUGUCUUUCAAGGACUUCAGAUCGGUCAUCCACUCGAGAAGAGCGAGCCCGUUCGGUCAGUCGCAAGCCUGCACCCGAGGAACCGAGGCAUAGAUCGCCAGCACCUGAACGACCUAUGGGCAAUGGGCAGGAUUUUGGAAGCGUCAGGUCCCAACAACGAGUACCUGAAGCCCCUCGAUUACCGUCUGGCCAACCAGAAACAUACCAAUCCCGCAACGUUCCAGUACAGCCAAAGGCAUACAGCCAUAUGUUACAAGGUCAAACACCACCAUCUGGCCCAUCGCAUGGGUCCAAAGUAAUGUUGCAGAAUCGUGGGUCAAAUAUUUCGUUGCUGUCAGCUCCAACUCGGCCACGCGGCGGUCCAAGUUUUAAGGAGUCGUCCUGGGCAGCCUCUCCAGUCCGCCGUGGGCCUGCGUCUACCGGACUCCACGGUUCCCCACCGACUGGUCCGCGCAGUAGUAUUAUGUCAACAGGUCCCGGCGUCGAGCUGCCCCGCUCUCAUCCCAGCAGACAAGGUAGCGUUACCGGGCCUUCCUACCCUCCUCGUUUCCCGAGACAUCUUAGUUACCUUGCCGGCCUUCGCCAAAUUAUACCCGAAGGCAAAAUCAUCCCAACCGCACUUGAUAUUGCCCUGGAAAAGCGCCUGUCUCAACUGGAAGCAGACAAAGACAGACUCUUUGAACAAAUUGCGGACAGUCAGAAGCUGAGGCGAGCUGGGAUUCGAGAUUGGGAUAGGCUUGACAGGGAAAGUUCUAUUUGUGCAUUAAAGAGUGAACUGGCAGAAGGACAUUUACAGCGAAUAGCUGAUGGUGAAGGCGUCCAUGCUGGUGCGAUGUUCUGACAUUAGGUCGCACAUUAUUAUUGACAUACCAGCCAUUGCAGUCUCAAAUAGAAGAACAAGUAGAAAACAUAUAAUAACUUCCGCUUUCGCGC